AAUUCAACAGUUGAUGUCCGCUCUUUGUUUUGUCAACACAGUUUAACUGCUCUAGUAGAUUAAUGAUUCUCAAUUAAUCUAUAUUUGAUUAAAUAUGAAUAUAGAAUAGAUGAUCAAAUAUAGAAUAUAUACAUGUUUGAUUAAAUCCUUAUAGACUCCAGAUUCUAUUUGACGGGACCCGGACCCGGACCAGGACCAGGACCCAGACCAGGACCAGGACCCGGGCAUGGAGGAGCUGUACACCCUGGACCGGGAGGUGGGCCGCGGGAGCUACGGCGUGGUGUUCGAGGGCCGCGCCUCCAAGACGGGGUCCCGCGUGGCGCUGAAGCGUCUGGCCUGCAGCAGCCCCGAGGCCAUGGAGCUGUACCUCCAGGAGCUGUGGGCCAUGAGGACCACCGCCCGGGCCCACCCCAACGUCAUCGCCCUGCACGCCGUCCUGCUGCAGACGGGGGCGCGCACCCUGCGCCCGCUGGGGCCCGGGCGGCUCCCCCUGGACCUGGUGGAGGCGGCCCUCAAGGGCCGGGUCUCCGGGCCCCGGCCCCGCCCGGGCCACACCCGGCCCCGGCUGCAGGACCGGACCAACCUGGACGGAGCCCCUGCCACCGGGACCCCCAGCCGGCCCCGAGGGAGGAGGGGGCGGAGCAGCCCGCGGCGGAGGUCCAGCGGGGGGGAGGCCCCCGCCCGCUGCAGGGCCCUUUGGCUGGUGAUGGAGUUCUGUGACGGAGGAGACCUGAACCGCUACCUGCUGUCGCGGCCGGCCGACGAGCGGCGCGACCGCAGCGUGGUGGAGCAGCUGAGCCGCGCGCUGGCCUUCCUGCAUCGCCUGGGCAUCACGCACCGCGACCUGAAGCCCGACAACGUCCUGGUGCAGGACAGGCCCGGCGGCCCCGUCAUCAAGGUGGCGGACUUCGGUCUGAGCAAGAUGAGCGAGGGCCCGGGGGAGGGGGAGGGGGGCAGGCAGCUCUUCUGGUCCACCUGCGGCUCGGACUUCUACAUGGCGCCAGAGGUGUGGGCGGGGGCGGGCUACACCGCCCAGGCCGACGUCUUCUCCCUGGGGGUGGUGUUCUGGGCGGUGCUGGAGAGAAUCACCCUACUGGAAGAGGGCACCACCCACCCACAGCUAGGGGCCUAUGUGUGUCGGGGUCGAUCGUCCGGCGUGGUCCCUCUGGGCGUGGCCCUACAGGAGGACCCGACCCUCCAGCUGACCAUCCCCAUGAGGUCCCGGAGGGCCCCCCAGCUGCCCCCCCCCCCCGGCCCCGCCGUCUCCCGCCUCCUGGCGGCCAUGUUGGCCCACGACCCCCUGGCCCGCCCCCCCGCCGCCCGGCUGGAGGCCCGCCUCCGCUCCGCCCUGCUGGCCGACGCCCGCUGAUCGCGGCGGGAGGCGGUCGCCGUGACGACCGGCCGGUAAUGGUCCCCCCCCCCCCCCCCUCUCGAUCGUCCUGGAAAAGCUUUUACUGUUUACACGACGCAAAGCAUCGGAGCGAACUGAGCGCGCUCAGUAGCCCCCAGGGAGGGGAGGG